AUGGAGGCGUACCCCGUCGACUAUGUCCAGCACAACCUGCCGUUCAUAGUGCUCUCGGGUCUGGGAGGCAAAGAGCUUGCCCCGCCCCCUCCAGUCCAAAAUGUGAUACCUGGCCAGGCGGCCACCAUCCUCAGCUGCGAGAUACCGCCGGCGACGGGCGAGCGCGCAAACCAGCUGCUGCACGAGUUCCAGAGCGCCGAUAGCACCAGCGCGCCCUGGAAUGGGCGGGCAUCCAGUCGCCGGGACAUCGCACAUGGCUUCCGGAUACGUGCCGUAGGGAGGGACUUCCAACUGCCUCCAAAGAAGGCUGAUGUUCCCACCGCGUCUGCAACGACUCCCCCAGGCAGCCCUGCCAUUGCACCGCCAACAUCAUGGGUCCUGCAUUCUCCCAUAUCCCCCUUGUCUCCAGGGUCGUCCGUUUUCCCAGACGGCAUCAUUGCAUCUUCGUGGGUCGCCAAACAUCAGCACUACGUGCCUGCCGUGUAUCUGUCCUUCUUCGACUUCACCACGGAUCCCAUCACAAAUAGCCUGCAUGACAACCAGCUAAAGACCGAGAUCAACAAGAUCAAAGGCCAGCUACAAAAGUCAGGCUACCACACACGCUAUGCAGUCGUUUUGCUCAGCAACAAGACUAUACUCGAAGCACCCGACAUCGAAGAGCGUCUGACGACGAUCCGGCGCGCGACCGGUCUCGACCCCAAGAACUCCCUGUUCUUCCUUCCACCAAACACAUCUCAAGUCGAAUUACGAGCGUUCGUCGCGGCUGUGCUCUCCAUCUUACAACCUGUAUGCGUCGAGUAUUAUCGCGACCUUACCAAGCAUGCCAGACGAAAGAAAGGAAGGGGUACUGUUCCGCCGCCGACAGCUCCGCCAACCUGGGGAACAUCUCAAACACUGUCUUAUCCGGGUUGGGGAGUACGUUACGAUUUCAAGCUUGGUGUGUUUGCCGAAUUCCGGCAAGAAAUGGACGCGGCUCAGCGACAUUACGACAUUGCCCUCAGCGCUCUGUUCGGCCCUGAGGGCCUCUUUGAGACGACAGCAAGCUGGUCUCCCAGAUGGGACGACACACGUAUGCUAGCUGACAUCAUUGCUAUGCGUCAUAUCAGAUGUCAAUUGUGGAAUAACACCCCGACGUCUGCAGUUCAGACAUGGCUGAGAUACAGGUCCAAACUGAGAGAUGUCUUGGACCGUCGAGGCAAAGGCAGCUCCAACUACGGCUGGCAAGCAUGGGAGUCUCGGUGGGCACAACUCAUGGGCCAGCUCAUUCAGCGAGCCGAACUGCCAGGCUUCAAAAUACCACCUUCAUUGAAAGAGGCGGAUGCUGCCAUUGGCGGGGUGAACCCGUUCUAUUGCUUGCCUGAAAAACAGUUCCCGGUCGGCGAAAGGCUACCACCAUGGGAGCAUCUUCACCAUGCUGGCUACUGGCACAAGCUCGCAGCUGACCACGCUAAAAGGCGGUACAUCCUAGCACGAGAGAUGCCCGAGGAGGACAGAACACCUCCGGGCAUGUCACCAGCUGCAAAAGUGUCCAACCGAAACCAAAUUUACGACCAGUACCUCGUCUUCCAGCCCCACGAGGAGCUUCCACUUCCAGGAGCGAGCGGAGGCUUCGAGCAUUGGAGUGACAUCUCGGCAAAGCUAGAUGCAGCAACAUCCCAGUUCAAGGCAAGAGGACAGAACCGCAAGGUGGAGCAACUGCAGUUGGAGGUAGCUCGCACGUUGCUACAUGUAAAGAGAUUUGACGACGCCUUCAAAGUACUGCGACCACUCUGGGAGACAAUGUCCUGGAGGAAAGAAGGCUGGUGGAACCUCGCCUCGGAAGUGCUCUGGGCUUUACACGAGUGCGCAUUGCGGAUUCAAGAUCGGGAAACUUACGUCGCUACUGAAUGGGAGUUGUAUUGUCAAGUUGUGCAUGGCAAGACGAGAUAUAAGCAUGACCUGAUGGCAUGCUUAGAUACCUUCCCCGAAGACGCUUCGAUUGACAAAGCCAGCGUUAGUCUAGACACCAACGAUUUCAUCUCUUGUUUGUCUGCAACCUUUGCGUUCUCAGCAGCCGAGGGCAACGUUGGCGAACCAAUGCCUUCGCAAAUUGUGAUCAGUUCCAAUGCUCGACAAGGCUCCACUCCCAUCACUAUGUCUUCUCUGCUCUUUCGGUUUAAAGGGUGUUUGAGCGAAGUACAGCUAAGUCAUAAGAAGGAUGAAACUGCGUCUGGAAGCGAGUCAACCAUUUUCGGGUACGCUCUGGAUGAAAACACCUCUGCUCUUGAAAAGCCGCGGUGGGCUGGUUCGUCCGACUUGAUGAUACAUCCUGGGCAGACUAAGGUUUAUGGUUUUCCAAUCAUCUUCCGUGAAGCUGGAGAUGUAGACGUGACUGCUUGCACUUUCGAAAUCAACACAGACCGCUUCAGUCUAACCUGUUCGAAUACAGACAUCCCGGAAGGAAGCAACCCGUCAUGGUGGAUUAAUUCUGCUGCUGGGGGCAAACCACGAAAGUCGAAGCACAACACCGUGACCUCAACCCAUGUUUUGCCAAAGCCACCAAAGAUGGAGAUUCGAUUACCAAAUGUACGAAAUCAAUACUUUACAGAUGAGUCUGUCACUCUGGCCAUCGAGAUCCAGAACGAGGAAGACGAGGACACGGAAGCCGUAAUCGAAGUACGGCUUCUCGGUCGGUCAAAAGAUAUGCUCGCAUAUUCGUGGGUAGACCGUCCCGCCUCUUCGCCGAUGAAAGAAGUUCCACCACCGCUCGAUGGCUCUUCAGAAUUCGACCUCCCAGGUCACGUAAUAGGGCAACUCGCUCAAGGUGCUCGGACGACAGAAAGGAUACGUUUCAUAGCGCCACCUGAUCCUGCAGACUAUGCUCUGGAAGUGAAGGUCUUGUAUCAUCUCCUAAGCGAUCGCGAGAUACCAAUCUCCAAAAUUAUGAUUGCUGAUUUGGUCUUCAAUGCACCUUUUGAGGCCAGCUAUGACCUCAAUGUUCGCGUCCAUCCGGAUGCAUGGCCAAGCUACUUCGAGCUGCAAGAAGCUGAGAGCAACAACAACUCUGAAUCGCCCGACGCCUUUGGAAUUGCACAAAAAUGGGGCUUGCGGGCCAAAGUCGCAUCCUUUGCCGACGAGCAGGUGAUAGUCAAGGAUCUCAUCAUCCAAGUCCACGGCAUUCACGGAGGCGCAACAUGCGAAGUGUCGAAAGAAUUUGACGUUUUGGAUGUGGCCAUGGAUCCAGAGAACAUGACGGAUUGGGCAUUCAGCCUCGAUGUUCGCAAGAACAAUCUUGAAGAACGCCGACCUACGGCUCUCGAUACCACACUCGAUAUCACCUGGCAGCGUGCCUCUGCCCUCGACGCUCCAAGCGUAACUUCUUCCCUACCAAUCCCGCGCAUACAGAUCCCGUCCAGCGAGCCACGCGUACUGGCUUCUGUGAUGCAAUCCAAUACCGUCGAUACGCUCCUGCAUCUCGACUACACGCUCGAGAACCCAACAAUGCAUUUCCUCACUUUCGAGUUGAACAUGGAAGCCAGCGAAGAGUUCGGUUUCAGUGGACCGAAGUUACGGACGCUAAAUCUGCUGCCUAUGAGCAGGCAGAGCGCACGAUACAAUCUGCUGCCGCUAGUUAGGGGCGUCUGGAUCUCACCGAAUUUGAAGGUCCUGGACAGGUACUUCAACAAGACGCUCAAGGUGCAGGCUACAGAAGGACUCAGGAUGGACAAGAAGGGGGUGAGUGUGUGGGUGCCUGGAGAGAAUGGUGAGGGUCCGCCGUCUUAG